AUGGCUGCCACAUUCUUCUCUCAAUUGUCUCUUCUUCAAGCGAACAACCCUUAUCCUUCUUCUCUCUCUCCUCGCAUCCCUCAUUCUCUUGCCAACCGUAUCAAACCCUCCUCCCUCGGGGUGGUUUCUGUGGGCAAAAGAGCAAUAGGGGUGGUGCCAAAGGCUGCUCUGAAUGCCUUGGAAACUAAUUCGGAUUUCCCCAUUUCGGCUAAGAAGUUCAACGACAACCCCAUUGUUGUUAUUGAUAACUAUGACAGCUUUACCUAUAAUCUUUGCCAGUAUAUGGGGGAGUUAGGAUUUCACUUUGAGGUCUACCGCAAUGAUGAGUUGACAGUGGAGGAGUUAAAAAGGAAAAAUCCUAGAGGAGUGCUGAUAUCACCCGGACCAGGGGAACCUCAAGAUUCUGGCAUAUCUUUGCAAACAGUUUUGGAGCUUGGACCAACUGUACCUUUGUUUGGUGUGUGCAUGGGUUUGCAGUGCAUUGGUGAGGCUUAUGGAGGGAAGAUUGUUCGUUCUCCUUAUGGUGUCAUGCAUGGAAAAAGUUCCUUGGUUUACUAUGAUGAGCAAGGAGAAGAUGGAGUACUUGCUGGACUGUCAAAUCCUUUCUUGGCUGGUAGAUAUCACAGCCUUGUAAUUGAGAAAGAGAGUUUUCCUGAUGAACUUGAGGCAACAGCCUGGACAGAAGAUGGUCUAAUAAUGGCUGCUCGCCAUAAGAAAUAUAAGCAUCUACAGGGAGUUCAGUUUCAUCCUGAGAGCAUCAUAACUCCAGAAGGCAAGAAAAUUGUCCACAAUUUUGUCAAGCUUAUUGAGAGAAUGGAGGCUGGUGGUUCUUGA